GCCUCAUGCCGUGUCUGUGCCCCGUUCUAGAUGCCGACAAGAGGAUCAAGGUGGCCAAGCCGGUGGUGGAGAUGGACGGCGAUGAGAUGACCCGUAUUAUCUGGCAGUUCAUCAAGGACAAGCUCAUCCUGCCCCACGUGGACGUCCAGCUCAAGUAUUUCGACCUGGGGCUCCCAAACCGUGACAAGACCGACGACCAGGUCACCAUCGACUCCGCGCUGGCCACCCAGAAGUACAGCGUGGCUGUCAAGUGCGCCACCAUCACUCCCGACGAGGCCCGUGUGGAAGAGUUCAAGCUGAAGAAGAUGUGGAAGAGUCCCAACGGAACCAUCCGGAACAUCCUGGGCGGGACCGUCUUCCGGGAGCCCAUUAUCUGCAAGAACAUCCCCCGCCUUGUCCCUGGCUGGACCAUGCCCAUCACCAUUGGCAGGCACGCCCAUGGCGACCAGUACAAGGCCACGGACUUUGUGGCCGACCGGGCCGGCACCUUCAAGAUGGUGUUCACCCCAAAGGAUGGCAGCAGUGCCAAGGAGUGGGAGGUGUUCAACUUCCCUGCUGGCGGCGUGGGCAUGGGCAUGUACAACACCGACGAGUCCAUCUCGGGCUUUGCGCACAGCUGCUUCCAGUACGCCAUCCAGAAGAAGUGGCCGCUGUACAUGAGCACAAAGAACACCAUUCUGAAAGCCUACGACGGGCGCUUCAAGGACAUCUUCCAGGAGAUCUAUGAGAAGCAUUAUAAGACCGAGUUCGAGAAGAAUAAGAUCUGGUACGAGCACCGGCUCAUUGAUGACAUGGUGGCUCAGGUCCUCAAGUCUUCAGGCGGCUUUGUGUGGGCCUGCAAGAACUAUGAUGGAGACGUGCAGUCGGACAUCCUGGCCCAGGGCUUUGGCUCCCUGGGGCUGAUGACGUCGGUGCUGGUCUGCCCCGACGGAAAGACCAUCGAGGCUGAGGCUGCUCACGGGACAGUCACGCGCCACUAUCGGGAGCACCAGAAGGGCCGGCCGACCAGCACCAACCCCAUCGCCAGCAUCUUCGCCUGGACGCGGGGCCUGGAGCACCGGGGGAAGCUGGACGGGAACCAGGACCUCAUCAGGUUUUCCCAGACCCUGGAGAAGGUGUGCGUGCAGACAGUGGAGAGCGGAGCCAUGACCAAGGACCUGGCGGGCUGCAUCCACGGGCUCAGCAACGUGAAGCUGAACGAACACUUCCUGAACACCUCGGACUUCCUGGACACCAUCAAGAACAACCUGGACAAAGCCCUGGGGCAGAAGUAGGGGUGGCGAGCGCGCCCGGCUGUGGUCCCGGACUCGCGGAGGGUGAGCCUCAGCCCUCUCAGGAGGCCUUUCUAGGGGACGUUUUUUAUAAGCGACAUGUUUUUCCAAGUCUCUGCGCUGCCCCUCGCGGAGGUGACGUGAGGCAGGAGCGGUGUGUUUUACCUCAGCCCGUCAGUAUGUUCCGCAUACUGUAAUUUAUAUCGCCUUGGAACACGUGGUGCCAUAUUUAGCUACUAAAACCUCUUCACAAA